UGGUACAUAGUCGAAAACAUGGAAGUAAAAGCAGUGAUUUUCGGAAUACUCGUGGGGAUUCUAAAACCAUUUAUAAUCGCUGGUGCAGCACUGUCCUGCAAUAAAUCCACGUGGCAGUACGAGGAGCUCAGCCACAGUGAUUACUGGAGUAGUAAUCUAGACUCGUACACCACCCUUUACGGCGCUACCAAUGUCUACAAUGGACCAACGGGGUUCCUGAUGGAAUCAGCAGACUACCAGGUCCCUGACAACUGUACCUGUGGCGUACUGAAGACUUGGACGCUACGGGCAGCCACUAACGGAACACUGCGGCUCCAGGUCUGGGAGCAUGUCAACAGUGAUACCUAUUUCUUCAAGGGAGAAAACCACUUCACCGUUCCUGCGGGUGCUGUAAACGAAAUAAUUGAGUUUGAGGUCCCACCAAAGGACAGGAUCACCAUCAGAAACAACUAUCUCAUUGGCUGGUAUACGGAAAGUGCCGGCAGUGUUAUAGCUUUCCGGACCGCUAGCGGCCUCCCGGACGAGCAAAGAGCCAAUACAAACCUUAACCCGGACCUCAUUGUCGAUGAACUUUUCGAUUGGAGCGCAAGCCCAGAAAACACACUAGUGGAUCAUGUGUUUGCCAUAGCCGCUAAGUCCGGUGAAAAUACCGCGCCCCAGUUUACAAAUCUGCCCCGGUCAGUUAAGAUUUAUGGCGACGCGACUUCAGAGACGUUUAUCUACAAGAUUGAGGCAGGCGACAUCGAUUCAUAUGACGUCCCUUCACUGCGCAUAACACUAAAUGACGACGCCACCUUCCCGUUUUAUUACAACCGGACUACGCAGCGCGUAUUUCUGGGUGAGAGCGGCCCGGCGAUAGGGACAUAUACAAUGACGUUUACGGUGGAUGACCAGUGUGGAAACUCCAACAACGAAACGCUCACCAUUGACGUGUUGAAUUGGAGCCCGUCGAUGUCCGGGCUGCCUGCUUUCUACACGUUUGACGAGGAGACGACGGAGGAGGUGACGUUGGUGAACGUGACGUUGACGGACCGCGACAACAGCACUUGGAAUAUACAGGGGGCGCUUAACGUGGUCCCGGCCAAUACAGCAAUUACACUUGGAAAUUGGGGACAUGAUAAUACAACCCGGCGGAUCGUUAGUUUUAACGCAAACACAGCGACACCCUAUACCGGAAACCAGCAGUUCAUCAUGGACGUCCAGUUCACCGACGGCAUUUACACCACCGACCAGGGAUACUUCCUGCUGUAUGUCACCGCGAACGCCAGGCCCAAAAUCACCAAUCUAAACAACGGCGCGCAGGCGACGGUGUCGUACCUAGAGACUGCGAGCGGCGACUUUGUGUACGCCGUGUCUGCCACGGAUGCCGAAAACGACCCGCUAACCUGGAGCAUGACUUGUGAACCCUCCCAAUGCCCCUUUAAGAUAAACGAAGACGGGGUGAUAACGGCGACUAGUGACUUUAUCCGGACGUACGUGCCCGGCUACGACUUGCUAAUCUCUGUUCAUGACCCGCUACACGCCAACGACCCGCGCAAUGGCACUCUCACCGUCCUCGUCAACGACAUUGACGACAAGCCGACGAUAAGCAAUCUGCCCUUGGCUUACCCGUUGGGCGUGUCCGAGAACACUCCCCUGGGGACAUCCGUGUACACUGUCUCCUAUAUCGACCUUGACCCCGGGGAUACUCACACGAUCCAAGCACAAUACAGCCCGACAUGGGGAGCCAACUACUUCUACUUAAACGAGACCACUGGUAUUCUAACCACGGCGUUCAACGUCCUAGACUACGAAGACGUGAUGACACAGUAUGGUAUUGUGUCGCAGUUGGACGUGCAUGUGCAGGUGAACGACGGCAGCGACUGGUCGGACGGCAACCUUACGUUGGAGGUGCUCAACGUGAACGAGCCCCCCGCCUUUCACCAGACCAAGUACACAAUGGAGCCAGACGAACAGGGCGCCAAAGGCGUCGGGUCAGCCACAUGGGGCAACUGGGGCCAUGUGGUUGAGGAUCAAGAUAUGCUAGUGGCCAAUACCGCAGAGAUACACACAUUCACUUGGGACUGCGGCGAGUCAACGCGCUUCUUCCUCAUGGAUCGUUUUAACGGCAGCGUGUCGUUCGCCACCGCGUUCGAUUACGACACGGCAAACAUGACGUCGCCGUUUGACUGCGUGGUCACCGUCACAGACAAAGAAGGGCUGACGGCAACCACGCUCCUGGAAGUAGAACUCAUUGACAGUAAUGACAAUGGCCCUGUGUUCCCCCAGCAGACGGACUACUACAUUUUCCAGGUGCCGGACUUGGCGGCCGGGCGGUUUGUUGGGCAGGUGACGGCUACUGACGCCGAUCGCUCCUCGCCUAACAACGACAUUUACUACACAUUCUCCACCAACCCGUUCUCAAAAGGAUACGUCGUCAUCAACGACUUCGGAAACAUAUACGUGAACGAGACGUGGAAGCCCCUGUUCCAGUAUGGCGUCUCGUACAAUCUGGUCGUGCUUGCGGAGAACGUGAAUGACGUCACAGGCACGCGCCAGACAGCAACUGCUAGCGUCACAAUACUUAUAACCGGGACCUCAACGACAACCUCAUCGACGACAGACAAACCAUCCGACUUCCUUGAGGACACACGGAACGUCGCGUGGUUUUCGGUAGAGGUGGCGUUAGGGGGCGCCCUCUUGCUGCUGCUGUCUGGCCUUGCCCUCUUCUACACCGUCCAGGUGAAGCGGUACCGCUGGUGUGUCCCCUUCCUCCGCAAGAAACUGCUCGGCCUCAGCAAGAUGACCAGGGCAGAGAAGCGUCGUUACUAUGCGGCAAUUCUGCGUGAGGAGGCAGGCGGCGACGAUGAGGAGGAAGUUGCACACCUGACGGUCGGGGAGCCACAUAUUACCCAGGUCGACUCCCCUGCCCCUCCCAUGAUGUGGAAUAAACGUCAAACGCACUUACCGAAAGGUCCGUCUGUCCGCAGGGCGCCGGAACCAGCCGUCUACAAGGAGCCACGACCGCCUCUCAAACCUUCCAUGGAUCCCAAAUGAUGCAAGUAGAUACAGAACCAAAGAUUUUGUUUUCAGUGAAUUGAUUUGCUUAAUUUGCCGGGUAACCUUGAAAUUAACAAAACAUAUAAUGCGGUUGAAUCAUUAUUAUUCGUGUUUCUUUAACGACAAAAUGUUUACUGUCGUGUUUUAAUUUUGUUGUUGUGUUUUUUGUUCCACAAGGGAAACUCACUAGAGCCACUGCAAGGCAAAGACCAUGUAUAGGUUGAGCUAUUAGCAUUCUGCGCGGUAAACGCAAUUCACUUUUAAUUAGUUUUAAGGCGGGCAUCUUGAUUAAAUAAUUGAGUCUUUGCCUUUGCUCCCUUAGUAAGAUACAUGUGCAGAGACGUCGUGUGUCAACUGUCUGAACUUAAACUCGGUUCGCUGAAUGAUAUGGUCUAAACGUGAUCUCGGUCAAAUUUAAGUACACAAUUAAGUUUGAAUAAAGACCAUUAAAUCAUCGGGGCAUCGGCAUGUAAUACAGGGCCAAACCUUUUCUGGCAUUGACUUUAUCAAAAAUAAAUGAUGAUAAUAUUACCUCGA